GAGGGGAAGGGAAGCACGUCGCAGCUCGGUACCGCCCCUUUUCGACCCCGGCAAACAUCCGCUUCCGGUUUCCAGACUUCAGUGGCGGUGCGCCGGCCCCGAGGGCCUCGCCCGAGAUGGACAGCCGGAUUCCUUACGAUGACUACCCAGUGGUUUUUCUGCCUGCCUAUGAGAAUCCCCCAGCGUGGAUUCCACCUCAUGAGAGAGUAUACCACCCAGACUACAACAAUGAGCUGACCCAGUUUCUGCCCCGAAUCGUCACACUGAAGAAGCCUCCUGGAGCUCAGUUGGGAUUUAACAUCCGAGGAGGAAAGGCCUCACAGCUAGGUAUCUUCAUCUCCAAGGUGAUUCCUGACUCUGAUGCGCAUCGGGCAGGACUUCAGGAAGGCGACCAAGUACUGGCUGUGAAUGAUGUGGAUUUCCAGGAUAUUGAGCACAGCAAGGCUGUGGAGAUACUGAAGACAGCCCGUGAAAUCAGCAUGCGUGUCCGCUUCUUUCCCUAUAAUUAUCAUCGCCAAAAAGAGAGGACUGUGCACUAGAGUGUUGCAUCCCACAGCCCUCCAUGUGGAAUCUGCCAGGAUCAGCUGGCCAGGCCCAAAGGAAGCCACCUGAGACAUUCGCUCAGCCCCUUCCUGGCAUAGUGCAGUAGGGACGUGGCAGACAGUGAGCCAACUAUGUCACUCAAGCUGUACCACACUUUUAGUUCCCUAGUUUGUUAGGUGAACUUCAUUCCCUGAAGGGAAGAGGAUGGUGGUGUUUAGGUAGAACCUAGCCUGUAGGGGACCCAGCUAGCAAAGGCAACUGACAGUUUUUUGUUAGAUACCAUGUGCUAGGACUUGCACGGGUCCUGUCAUUUUAAUUAAAGAAAUUAGGAAAAGAAUCUUGGGGACCUUCCAUCUGGCUUGCCUGGCCAUCUCAUCCUGUCCUUGUACUGCCAGAGGUCUCAGACACUUGAGAGACUCCCAUGAGACACUGGCCCCUUCUCUUCCUGUUCUUGCAGAAAAAAAAAGUAAAACACAGUGUUGAAGAAA